GCGGACGGAGGGGCCGCGUGCGGGGCCGGGGCGGACGGGGCUGGGUGUCUGUGCGUGUUUUGGUGGGUUCGCACGUUUCGCUGGCCGCGCGUCUCGUUGGUGCCUUGCGGCGGUGCGUGGCCGCCUUCUCACCCCUCUCCCGCUCUCCUUUGCCUUCUAGGGGCCCGCGCAGCCCGGAAGAGGAAGCCGUCCCCCGAGCCGGAGGGCGAGGCGGGACCCCCGAAGAUGAACGGGGAGGCGCAGCCCUGGCUCCCGGCCUCGUCCGAAGGGAUGAAGAUGCCGCUGACGGCCACCUCCUUCAUGUCGCCCCCGCCGCCUACCGCCUCGCCCCACUCCAACCGGACCACGCCGCCCGAGGCGGCCCAGAACGGCCAGUCCCCCAUGGCCGCGCUCAUUUUGGUGGCGGACAAUGCCGGGGGCAACCACGCCUCCAAGGAGGCCAACCAGGUCCACUCCACCACCAGGAGGAACAGCAGCAGCCCCCCCUCGCCCUCCGCCAUGAACCAAAGAAGGCUGGGCCCCGGCAGGGAAGUGCCGGGCCAGGGGGGCAGCGCGGCGGGCGGGCUGGAGCCCGUGCACCCCGCCAGCCUGCCGGACUCAUCCCUCGCCGCCAGCGUCCCCUUGUGCUGUACCCUGUGCCACGAGCGCCUGGAAGACACCCACUUCGUGCAGUGCCCUUCGGUCCCGUCCCACAAGUUCUGCUUCCCCUGCUCCCGGCAGAGCAUCAAACAGCAGGGGGCCAGCGGGGAGGUGUACUGCCCCAGCGGGGAGAAGUGCCCGCUGGUCGGCUCCAACGUGCCCUGGGCCUUCAUGCAGGGGGAGAUCGCCACCAUCCUGGCCGGGGAUGUGAAAGUGAAAAAGGAGAGAGACUCGUGACUGUGCCGGCCCAGCGCUGCCCGUCGCCCAAACUGCUCCGGUUCUGUAUAUAUCUAUAAAUAUAUAUAUAUAAAUAUAUAUAUAUCUCCAAGACAAGGGAAAUGUAGACUUCAUAAACAUGGCUGUAUAAUUUUGAUUUUUUUGAAUACAUUGUGUUUCUAUAUUUUUUGAAGACAAAAGGUAUGUACUUAUUAUAAAGGCAUUUCUUCUAAUUCUUCUUUUUUUUUUUUCCUCCCGUCCUUCCCCCCCACUAUUUUUUUUUCCCCUUUUGUUAUAGCAACUAUUUGUUGUGCUUCCCUGGUGACAAUUACUGUUCGAUGUAGGCUGUGACUUGCGCUGCUUUUUUUAGAGCACUUGGCAAAACAGAAAUGCUUCUAGCUGUAUUUGUAUGCACUUGUUUCCUUUUCCUUUUUUUUUUUUUUUUUUUUUUAAUGCCAAAUACACUUUCUGACAUUGUAAAGAUCGCCUUACUGUCUGUGAUUCCUUAUUGCUGGCCCCUGUUUCUGUAGGGCUGGUGGCACGAGGUGCUGGGGGCAGGUGGGCGCAGGGAGCACGAGGGGCUCCUCCCGGGAGCGCCUGUCCGCCUCGUGUGGCCGUGCUGGACCCAGUCCAAAAUUCCUCCGUGUUUCUCAAGGGAAGUUGCCUUUGGAGUAGGAUGUGGAGAGGUGUUGGAGAGGCGCUGUUGAGUUAGGGAUUUCUGGGUUGGUUUGUUUCUGUUUUUUUUUUUUUUUCUUCCUUUUUUAAGGCAAAGUUGACCGCAGUUCACGUGAUCAGUUGUAAGAUUACAAAACUGCAUCUGUUCACCAAUUGAGUAGUCUAACGUGGAAUUCUGAUAGCCAACCUAAUAACAUGAUUGGUGACUGCACUGGUGUAGCACUGCCGUCUCUGAAGGCCUUCAGCAUUGGGGUUUUGUGUCUUUGGACAAUGCUGGGGAGGUGGGAGAAAGACUGUUUAUUUUCUUUCUAAUUUUACUUUAAUUUUCAGAUAGUGCAGGUGGACUUUUGAAUUUGCUUAUCAGUCACCUCUGGUGCUGUUGCUAUUGUUACUAUCGCUGACACGGUGUAGCGUACCUGUAGUGGCAGGUACAGUGUGGUACAAUGACAGCAGCAACUGAGGCUCUGCCAGAUUGCCUGCGGGUGUAUCAGUGACAGCCCAAAUGUGGGUGGAGGAAACCUGCAAUUUCCUUAUUACGUGUGCUUGAAACAAACCUACUGCUAUUCUUUGAAAAUGAAAAUACAAACUGGUUGAAAUGAAAGCAAUUAGGGCUUCACAUAAUUGCUAUGGCCCUGACUUUUAAGCUACUUUGGAGAACUCUUUUGUAAAGCCACUUAUUUUGAUCACGCUUCUGCAUCACCAAGCAGACUUCUAAAAUCAAUAAAUCAUUGGUUACUAGAAAUA